GUAAAACCUGCAAGUUUUAGUUUUGCGUACAAAAUACCAGUAACUGAGAAGAUAUUGUUGGUGCUGCAUGUUGGACAAUGGCUGAGGUGGAAUUUAAGGCUGAUGAGUUGGAUUCCAUUAUUAAUGUGAUUGGACUGAAGCCAAGUGAUCCAGUGAAAAGUUUUGGAGGGAUCUGGUACCAGGUGUUUCUAUGGGCACUGUUCUCCUCCAUGUUUGUGCACAUCAUCGCCACGGUGAUAGCGUUCUGUCGACUGCGCAAACACAAGAUGGGAAGAUGGAUUCCUGUUGCCAUUUUCGUAGUGGGUGUGGUUUCACCGGUGACUCUAGGAGUUGUCAGCAGUGCUGCUAUUGCAUUUUUCUACCGUGCUUCUGAUGUCGAGAUGGCACCGUUUUAUGCUCUGCUGUGGGGACUGGGACAAACAAUCAUUGGAAUCAUAUUCUCCUUCACACGGAUUCUGGCAACCCUGUAACAUUUUCUUGACAAAGAUCUAUUGCUUGUGUUCAAUGUAUUAAUAGUCUCAUACUGUCAGCUUGGUGUACAUCUUUUUAUUUCAAGACUGUUCUGAUGAAAGGAUAAAUCAAACCUUGUGUUUAUGUAAUGGAAUAAGAAUGAUGCUUUGAUGUCAUGAGACUGGAACCGAGGUCUGAUCUGUUUAGAAAUAGACCAGAAUGGAUUUAAACUGACCAGCAAGUAAAGUGUUAUGUUAAAGGAAAACACUGUAUUUUGUCAUAUAUGUAUGUGAUAAAGGUGAACUAACAGUCUGCAGGUAUCUAAAAAAAUAUGCAAUGCUUGCAUCUGUUGAUGACAAUAGAUACAAUUACAAACUUCAAAAAGUCA